AAGGAAGGCCGCCGACCUCCUGGGGAGACGGACUCCCACACAGGUGAGAUCAGCGCAGACCGCCGACGGCUGGCCAACACCUCCAUAGUUCCUGAGCUGGUGCCAGGCAGGUGACACUUCCUGCAGUCCCCAGUAUGCGGGCAGGCCCAGGCCCCACCGUCACACUGGCCCUAGUGCUGGCGGUGGCAUGGGCCAUGGAGCUCAAGCCCACGGCACCACCUAUCUUCACAGGCCGGCCCUUUGUAGUUGCGUGGGAUGUUCCCACACAAGACUGUGGCCCACGCCACAAGGUGCCACUGGAUCUGAAUGCCUUCGAUGUGCAGGCCUCACCCAAUGAGGGUUUUGUGAACCAGAAUAUCACCAUCUUCUACUAUGACCGUCUAGGCCUAUAUCCACACUUUGAUUCAGCUGGGAGGUCUGUGCAUGGUGGAGUGCCACAGAAUGGCAGCCUCUGGGCACACUUGAAAAAGCUGCAAAAACCUGUGGAGCACUACAUUCGAACACAGGAGCCUGCAGGGCUGGCGGUCAUCGACUGGGAGCACUGGCGACCUGUGUGGGUGCGCAACUGGCAGGACAAGGAUGUGUACCGCCAGUCAUCACGCCAACUGGUGGCUAGUCGCCACCCUGACUGGCCAUCAGACCAAGUAGGCAAACAGGCACAAUAUGAGUUUGAGUUUGCUGCACGGCAGUUCAUGCUGGAGACACUACGCUAUGUCAAGGCAGUGCGGCCCCGGCACCUCUGGGGCUUCUACCUCUUUCCGGACUGCUACAAUCAUGAUUAUGUGCAAAACUGGGAGAGCUACACAGGCCGCUGCCCUGAUGUCGAGGUGGCCCGCAACGACCAGUUGGCCUGGCUGUGGGCUGAGAGCACAGCCCUGUUCCCCUCUGUCUACCUGGACGAGACACUCGCUUCCUCUGCCCAUGGCCGCAAAUUUGUCAGCUUCCGUGUUCAAGAGGCCCUUCGUGUAGCUCACACCCACCAUGCCAACCAUGCACUCCCCGUCUACGUCUUCACACGGCCCACCUAUAGCCGUGGGCUCACGGGGCUUAGUGAGAUGGACCUCAUCUCUACCAUUGGCGAGAGUGCAGCCCUCGGCGCAGCUGGUGUCAUCCUCUGGGGCGACUCAGUGUACACCACAAGCAUGGAGACCUGCCAGUACCUCAAGGAUUACCUGACACGACUGCUGGUCCCCUAUGUGGUCAACGUGUCCUGGGCUGCCCAAUAUUGCAGCUGGGCCCAGUGCCAUGGCCAUGGGCGCUGUGUGCGCCGCAGUCCCAGCGCCAAUACCUUCCUGCACCUCAGCGCCAGCAGUUUCCGCCUAGUGCCUGGCCAUGCACCUGGUGAGCCCCAGCUGCGACCCGAGGGGCAGCUCAGCUGGGCCGACAUCGACCACUUGCAGACGCACUUUCGCUGCCAGUGCUACUUGGGCUGGGGUGGUGAGCAAUGCCAGUGGGACCAUAGGCAGGCUGCUGGGGGUACCAGCAGAGACUGGGCUGGGUCCCACCUCACUGGCCCGCUGGCUCUGACAGCCAUGGCUCUCACCUGGACCUUGUAGGGGUCUCCUACCUGGCUGCCAAUUAAGCUGGCGUCUGCCACAAGGCCUCUCUCGGGCAUGUAGGAGCCUGUAGGGGGUGGAUAAACUAGAGUCUGGAGGGGGCAGAGCCCCCAGGAUGCCCAACAGAGUAUCCAUACCAGCUCUCACCCCCCUGUUCUAAGGGGGAGAGGAAGUCCCCUGGGAGGCCCCUUCUCUUCCUGCCAGAGAGGAAGGAGGAUACAGCUGGGCUGGGGAGGGCCUGACCCUACUCCCUUGCCCUAGAUAGUUUAUUAUUAUUAUUUUUGGAUCUCUUUUGUAAAUUAAAUAUAAAACAACUGCU